AUGCUCACACCAGCAUCGUCAAGAAUACUCGCGCGUGCGCUUUCGUCGCGCAGCUUCCACGCCUCGGCUCGGCGUCUGAACGACUCUGCCCCCCUGCCUGCGCGGAAGCCCAUGGGCGCCUUCAGAGGAGGUCUUUUCGGCUUCUUGUUUGGCAGCGUCCUGGCCGGCGGUGCCGUCUACAGCUACGUCCUUCAGGAGUACAAGGCAUCCAACGAGUUGCUUACCGAGGAUAUCUACACUCUGCAAGCUUCCGUCACCCGACUGACUAACCACGUCAAGAUUCUCGAGGAGAAGAUCCAGCAGAAGAGAAAGUAA